UCACACUGGCUCGGCGUCUUCAAAGGAAGCCAUGACGGGCAGCCCGGAGAACAUCCCGCUGGGGGAGUGCGCGCUGUCGCAGUCCCGGGACCAGCUGACGCCGCCCAGCCGCACGGACAGCACCGUGCUGACUCUGUCCCGCAGCGACUCCCUCUGGACGGCCGAGACGCCGCCGGGCCGCUGCCAGGUCUUCUGGUUCCCCAUCCACUUCAUGUCCACGGGCGGCGGCCUGCUGGUGUGCGGCGUCAUCAUCAGCGGCUUCUACUUCGCCGGCCACAGCAGGAAGGUGAGCAACUUCCUGGGCCCCGCCCUGCUCUCCAUCGGCCUGAUGGUGCUGGUGGUGGGCGUGGUCCUCAUCCCCAUCACCAAGGAGAACCGGAGACGCUCCGGCGUGAAGAAGCCGCUGGCUUACUACCGACAGCCCGCCUUCGACAUUUGACCGCCGCCUCGACGCCAAGGAGGACUAGCACGGUCUGUAGUCUGUUCCGGGGUCAAGCUGUGGCCACAGUUUUUGGAGUGGGUGGUGCAAGUGUAAGGAGAAGUGGAGCCAGCAUCACGUGCUGCGCGCAGGACCCCGCCGUCGUGUUGCGUGAGGAAUGUGAAAUGUCAAUAAAUGCAUGACAUUUUACUGCAAACUUAUUCCUAGUACCUUCCUGCUCUGUCACUGCUAAGAAUAUAAAGGCACAUUUCCCCCACGCAGUCAAAUCAAUACGCUUAUUUAUGUAAAUAUUAAAAUAAUCAUUGAAUACAUUUACAUGUUGGUAUAUAAAUAAAUAAAUAAAUUAAUUAAUUAAAAUUAAAAUUAAAAUUAAAAUUAAAAUUA